GCUGCAGGAGCUCCGGAGUAUGCUCCGUAUAAAGCCCAUCAUUGGGUGAUUUGGGUGGAAAUCCAACCGCUCCCGGUGCCGUCAAAUCCGCAACUUAUGUACGGAGCACUUUGUAUUACGCUCUUAUGCGUAUAUAGCGAACCAAGUGUUACAGGCAGCGAACACACACAACACAUAUCUGUCGACAUGCAUGAGCGGGAAGUGAUGGAUGCGAGAGAGAGCAACUUACUGCCUAGCCUAUUUGUCAUGGCAUACCUUGGGCAUGCCUACAUGUACAGACCUUGUAUACGGAACAAGGCAAAGAAGUUUCACGCCGGCACAACCGGGGCUUUUACAAGAAUGUUUUGUAUGAAUUGCAGCCCUGGUGAGAAACAAUGCGUUGAUAACAAACCAAAAGCGGCAAUUGGGAUGAGAGCCAAUGCACCUUGUACUUUCGUAUCGCAGACGCAAGCCAGCGGCCAACCUAACCUGGUCGAAAGCCGAAAUUCGUUUGCCAGGAGAUAUUUAAGGCAAAUUGUGCAAAUACAGUCAGCCAAGGUAAUCUCAAACAGCUUUGUCUACCAAGGACGGAGUAAAUACCUUUCUGCUCGUACUUUUCUACAUGCGUCGCAACGGUCACUUAUCGACUUUUCUGCGCAAAAUGACACAUCAGGCUCGUCUGACUCUACAAAUAUUACCAAAAGGGUGAUUUGUAUCAAAAACCAAGACUCGGCUGACAGUCCUGCAUGCAUCGCAAUUGGCCUGCCUCCUGUGCCUCAACAAAUCAGUUCGAAUAGGCAAAUGCUUACAAACGCCUUGCCUAUACAGAGGGUUAUGCAGAGUACUCCGUAAUACGGAGCAUAUGUCUGCUUGAAUGCCCUGUCCGGAGUGCAGACAGGCAUGCCAGGGAGCAGCAGUCCCAGAAACAUGAUCCUCGUCACAGAUCCCGGGGC